GUCAAGGGCUGGGACGACGACUCGCCGCUCCACGACGCCGCCGUCAACGGCCACUUCAAGCUGGUGCGCAUGCUGAUGCGGCACGGCGCCGACCCGCACCUCCGGAACGUCCGCGGCAAGACCCCGCUCGACGUGGCGCGCCAGGACGUCAUCUUCCUCAUGACGGAUCCCAAGCCGUUCUCCAGCGACGAAGACAGCACCGACCUCUCCGACGAGGAGGAGGCCGAGUCCGAGCUCGCCGCAGUUCUGGCGGGCCCCACGUCGGAGUCCACCGGGGCCGCGGAGCGCGCGGAGGCGGGGGACGCGGCGCCCAGCACGGUCCCCAGCACGGCCUCCGGCGCGGCCCCCGGCACGGCGUCCUCGUCGUCCUCGUCCUCCACGACGUCGUCCGGCACCACCUCCACGACGAGGGGGCAGGGCGCGGCCAGGGCGCUGGUGUUGCCCAGGACGCCGACGCGGCGGAACAGCACGGCGUCGGCUCGGGGGGCUUCGUCUGAGAUGCGGAGAGCAACACCACAGAACAAAGCUGUUGAGAAGUCCACAUCUCCACGAGUUACCCUGAGGCUCCAUCACGUCAAAACAAGGGAUGACAGGAAAGGUGCUGCCAAGCCAGCUGAAAGAGAAUCUAAUUCAAACACUAGGGCAUUGAGUGGGAACAUGGAAGGCAAAGGCAGUGGAGACGAUGUGUAUGAAUUUAAAAGCAGCAAGGAGGCCACGCCAGUCCGUGGUGCCAGUGCAUCUCCUGAGCCGCCAACUAAAAUGAGUGAAUCGACGAGCUCCAGUGACAGCAAGGAACGAGAGUCGAAAGCAGAUGCCCCAACCGAACCAACUCAUACUGGUGCUAAACGGAAUGCAACUGAAAUGGUGGAUGGUGAUGAAGGUGAUGAAGAAAGCAGGAGGAAGAAAAGGAAGGAGACAGAAAGCUCCUCCAAAGACAAUCCUAGAAGCUCUGCCCCUGGAAGAGCAGCCAAUGGCAGAAAUGGGGGUGCUAACAACGACAAAACCAAACCUACUGCCAGCAAAUCAGCCACCAACCCUGUAGGGAAGCCUGCUGCCAAUGUUGAGAAGAACCCCGAAUUAAAAAGCGGCACCUCUUCUGGUUCUAAUAGUCCUAAGCCAUCAAGUGCUGCUGCAACAUCAUCAACAUUGACGAGCAGCAAAGUUGUUGAGGCUGAUGCUGAAGAUUCGCAAGGGAAAACAGGUGACGCUGUGGGCCCUAAAGUGCCUCCGCUUAAGAUUGUGAUACCACAACAAAGUGCAACUUUAGAGCCGGAGCCAGGGACUCGAGUAGGAAAGAACGGUAAUUCAAGACACCACCAAGCACUCCCCUAUGUUGUCGCAUCUUCUAACAGCAAUGAUUCAGUUCCUGAUAAAGAAGGUGGUGGCUCUGGUUCUGCUAGUCCAACAGAUGCUCUUGACAAGAAGGAUAGCAAUCUCACUGAAGACCAGAGAACUGCUUUGCAUCACCAGAGAGUGCUAAGAAGUUCCAAUCGUUCUGGCAAUGGAGGCCCAAAUCCGUCGGGGAGUAGAAGUUCAUCACCCACUGCAGGAUCAGGUGGUGGUGAAGAAACAUCCCCUCAACAGUCCAGGCAACAAUCACCAGCCCCUUCUGAAGCUGCAGCAUCUGUUGUCCCAGAGACUACAUCUGCACCAUCACCAGGAAAAACAACCACCACGACCACUGUUGCCCCUAUCAGUGCUCCUGUGGAUGAAAAACCUGGACCGACUGAAACUAAUCCCAUUACUUCUCAACCAACUCCUGCACCUCCACCACAGACUGUUUCCAUGGAGUUGCACCCCCGAAAGCGGAAAUUGAAGCCUCACCGGGAGCAGCCUCCUGCACCGACUCCCAGCGCUGUGAACACAGAAAGCACUGAAGCACCAUACACAACAACGGAGGUGCAUCCUCAUGAGCAGCCAAUAACAAACUGUUACCAGCUCUUCCUGAACAUUCGAAAACAGAUUGAAAGGCGAAGAAAGAACCUCUUUCCUGUUCAACCCAAACCUCCUCAAGGAUUCAAAGAUUACUUGAUGAACCGCUGCACGUAUGUCCUUGCUAGCAAUGCCUCAACUAGAAUUGCUGCCCCAAAUUCACCACCAGCUUCAUUAGUAGGAGGAUUGAAAGAAUUAUUUGUUGACCAAGAAAAAGAAAGGCAGAAAUUGAAAAUGCAGCAUAUUAUUGAGAAAGAAAAACUAGUAUUAUCAGUAGAACAAGAGAUUCUGAGAGUCCAUGGUAGGGCAGCUCGAGCCUUGGCCAAUCAGGCGCUGCCUUUCUCUGCAUGUUCUAUUCUAAAGGAUGAGGAAGUUUAUAACGUCAUCACUCCAGAACAGGAAGAGAAGGACAGAAAUGCACGUUCACGCUACAAUGGGCGACUGUUUUUAAGUUGGUUGCAGGACGUGGAUGACAAAUGGGAAAAAAUAAAGGAGUCAAUGCUGCUUCGCCAUCAUAAUGAGGCAGAGUCGCUCCAUGCCGUGCAACGCAUGGAUUGGGAUUGGAAAGUAAAAGAAAUGGGUCCGUGUGAAGAGUGCCCACCUCCAAUGGUGCAUGUUAGUGAUGACUUUGAUCUGUUGCCUGCGUGAGGUGACCCUACUGCUGCUUUCACUUCUAAUAAUUGUUAGUCAAUCAAUGAUGUGAAUGUCCGUCCCUAAGAGGGUUUGUGUGUUUUCUUUUAAGAACAAUCUUACACCUAAAUAUUGUGUACACAGGGACAAUGUUCCUUGGGAUGGUUGUAUAGUCCAUGUCUUGUUUUACAAGUUUUCUGAACACACUUCCACAGAAUCUUUUAGGGAUGUUGUCUUUUCAAGUACUUAGAUACUGUAUUUAUUGAUGUGACGAUUCUUUUAUACUAAGGACAAUAGUAGGUACUAUUGGAAAGCAGCAGCCAAAAAAAUUAAUUUACUCUAUUACAAUUAAUAAGCUAAUUUUGUGAUACUAAUUAACUUAAGAAAGAUGCCUGAAUUUCUUAUUCGAUCUCAAUCAUGUAGUUUCCUUCAAAUGCCAUAUUGGUAGAAGAGAAUUUACCAAUAAAAAGAGGUAUUACCUCCAUUUGCUCAUAAUGUGUGAUUUUUGUAAAUAACAGUUUGUACAGUGUGUAUAAAAUGUUCUGUGUCGAUUCAUCUGUCUGUUGUAUAUAUGAAUUAAGUAUUAAAAAUAUAAUUUUUGUUAUUCUGA